GCCGUCAUGUCCUUCGCCAAGCUCCCCGCUGAACUCCUUUCUGAAAUCGCCGCUUACUGUCCAGCAGAGCACACAGCCGCGCUGCGUAGCGUGAACAAGAUGAUGAGUGGGGUGAUGGCUCCCGCGUUCUUCAGCUGCCUGCCGUUGAUGCUGUCGCCGGAAGGCCUCCAGGAGAGGACCCGAACGAUGUUGAGGGCAGUGGCGCGUGGCAAAACGAAAACCGGGUGGGGCAAGUGGGCAGGGAGCAUACGGAUGACGCUGCGCGGUGCAGAUGAGCCCAUUAUCUCCUGGCAUGCGCUGGUCGUCAAGCGUGAGCCGGCCGCACGAGCCGCACAGGACGAGCGGAACGCGUUCCUCGAACGACGGCGGGAAUUGGAGAGGAAGGAUCUUCCACUACUGAGGCGGGCGCUGAAAGUGUUGCCUGGGACACGCUCUGCAAGUUUUGAGUGGGAUACAAUGGACUUGCCCCACGGCGUCAUCUACGCCAUCCUCAAGCAUCUACGGGCAGCGGGUUCCAACUUCCAGGAGCUGAAAAUCGCCCUGACUGGGCAGCAGGGUGGCCUGGACAAGCGGCCUGAUAUCUCUUGGCCCACGUUCGACCACCUGCGCUCGCUGACACUGGAGAGUCCACGCCUCCCCGAAACAUUGGCUAUGCUGGCUUCUUAUCUUUGCGACGCUGGCUCGACGAGGGCGAUAUCGCGCCUCGUAAUUCGCACGACCCAUCAGGGCUCCGGCCACCUUUGGGAACAAUUCGUCCUCGGCCACUGGGACCGCGUCCGAGAGCUGUGUGUCAGCGAAGAGACCUUGCUUUCCAACAACAGCCAGGCGCUGAAGCAUGCGCGCUCGCUGGAGGCGCUGCAGAUUGUCCCACGACCACCGCGGUCUGUGGCUGAGGGCCGUCGUUGGGAGGAGCAGCUGUCCGACGCCGACAUGGCGGCACACGGGAAACGAUUUUGGACGGCUCUCACGGCCGGCACUGACCAGAGGCGGAUCCGCCUCAAAGAGCUUCGUGUGUCGAAGCUUUACGGCGGAUUGACGGACUAUCUACUCUCCUAUGAGGGCCUGGAGGUGCUGAUAGUCACAAACCCCUCCGGUGCCGCCCUGCCAAAAACAAUCCCCGAUUCUCAGUCGCCAGCUACUGACGCCUCUGAAUUGGACGAUGAACCGGAGAACGCCUCUUCCAAAUCCAAAUCGCUGGUAGAAAUGGCUUCUGUGGAUGCUUUUUUCGAUCAGGUCGUAGCAAAACACGCCAGCUCGCUCCGGAUACUCCAGGUGACCUCGCCUUACGCCGGCCGAUGGAGCUUUGGCCGCCAUAACGCACAUGCAAUACGUCAGUUAUCCAACCUGCACACGUUAGUCAUGAGCGUGGACGUGGAGCGUGUGGAAAGAACGCUGAAGGCCGUCGCGGACCGCGAGGACGACGUCAACGCGGUCGAACACUUCCUUGGCACGAUCGGAGACCUUCCGUCCUUACGCUAUGCUGCGUUGCUCGGAACGGUUCCCCUGCGGCGCCAGCUGGAGCACGGAUGGGACAGCGUUGUGUCCGCGUCGUACCGAGGACAGGCGCUGUGCGCAGUCGAGGUGGCCGUCGAGCAAUCCGCGCCAGGGCAGCUGACACACGGGGCUGUGCUCUUCGCGGGCCGCAACGUGUAUUGCCAGAAAACGGAUGGGACGUAUGGGGUGUUGGAGACGCUCGGCAUUACGAGUAUGGGCCCGGCCGAGGUACCUCCGUGGGCUGAGAUGUAA